CAUCGCCCCAAAUUACUUAAAAUCGCUCCCCUUCUCUUUUUUUUUUCCACCACCCGCCACCACUUACUUCCUCUGCCAACUGCCACCACUUCCCCUGAGUGGACAAUGAAGUCGAGGCAGCAGCAAAUGGAAGAAGCCACAUACAAGAAGGUGGCAGUUACCUCCUUCUCAGCCAUGGUGGCCGAGAGCACCACCUUUCCCAUCGACAUAAUUAAAACCAGACUUCAACUUCACGCUUCAUCUUCCACCACCAUUAACGCCUUCAAAGUAGCUCUCAACAUUGUAACAAAUCAAGGUUUUCUGGGUUUAUACCAAGGUUUAUCUCCUGCUAUCAUUCGCCACCUUUUUUACACUCCCAUUCGAAUUCUGUGUUAUGAGCAGUCUAGAAAUACCCUUUUUGCUGCUCAAUCUCAAUCUCUUUCUCUCUCCUCCAAGGCCCUUCUUGGAGGCCUUUCUGGGGUUAUUGCUCAGGUGGUGGCAAGCCCAGCUGAUUUAGUGAAGGUUAGAAUGCAAGCUGAUGGUCGUUUGAUCUGUCAAGGCCUGCAACCAAGAUACUCUGGCCCUAUUGAUGCUUUUAGCAAGAUCAUUGCUGCAGAGGGUUUCCGAGGACUUUGGAAAGGGGUCGUCCCAAACAUGCAAAGAGCAUUUCUAGUAAACAUGGGAGAAUUGGCAUGCUAUGAUCACGCAAAGCACUUUGUUAUCCGGAAUCAGAUAGCAAAUGACAACAUAUAUGCUCAUACCCUAGCAUCUAUCAUGUCAGGCCUCUCAGCUACGACCUUGAGCUGUCCAGCUGAUGUAGUAAAAACAAGAAUGAUGAAUCAAGCAGCAAGUGAAGAUGGUAAGCUGAUGUACAAAAAUUCUUAUGAUUGUUUGGUAAAGACGGUUAAGCUUGAAGGAGCGAAGGCGUUAUGGAAGGGGUUCUUUCCUACAUGGGCAAGACUUGGUCCUUGGCAGUUUAUGUUUUGGGUCUCUUAUGAAAAAUUUAGGCAGAUUGCUGGCCUUUCUUCUUUCUGAUAUUAAUCUGUAUUAUCAUAUUUACUCUAAUAGCUUUCCAAGGCAUCUCUUUUAUAGAGGUUUUGAUUGUUUGGUUAAGACAUUAUGUGACCUAGGUUUCAUAUAAGAAAUUUAUCCUGAGAUUUUAGACCUGUCAAACAAAUUAAUCAUGUUGGUUAUUGGUCGAAUAA